UAACAUAUUAACUUAGCGGAAGCAAAGCCAAAACUAGUCAACUUAAUUCUGAAAUCAUGGAGAAGGCGAAACUAAAAUAUAUACUAGAUGAUCUGGACCACUACACCAAGUCGUACCACGUCUUUGCCAAGAAAAGCAGCAAGUUUACAGGACUGGUAAAAUGGGUUGAAGACGUCUUUCCGAAACUGGUAUUGGAUAAAUUGGUGGAGAGUUUCUCGGCGGAGACACAGAUUAAUGUGCUGGGAGUCGGCAGUGGAUCGGGGGAGAUGGACAGUAAAAUGGCAGCAAGCAUCAAGACCCGUUUCAAAUCUGUCCGAAACGUCGUGGUGGAACCUGGCGAAAAACAGCUUGAGAAGUACCGCUCACUCGUAGAGAGCAAGAAGUCUGAAUUCGAAGGCAUCGAGUUCGACCUUCGACAACUCGGCAUCGACGAAUACCGUGCCCUCGAGGGCAACCACUCCUCCAAAUAUCACUUCAUCAACGCCAUCCAGUCCCUCUACUAUGCUGAUGACUUUAAUGACACCAUACGAUAUCUCUACGAUUGCUUGGAGGAGGGCGGGAUUUUGUUAAUAACCAUUAUCUCAGAUAUCAGUGGUUCCUGGCGUCUGUGGAACCACUUCCCCCGUUUACAGGACAUAAUCGGACCCUAUUUUUGCGUCCAACAUUUACGACAAGGCCUCUCUUCCCACGACAUCCCUUUCCACGACAUCCCUUUCGACGAAAACCACCAGAGGGCGCAUGUGGACAUCACAAGCUGUUUCGAAAAGGGGUCCAAGGAAGGAAAACUCCUCGUCGACUUCAUCAGCCAAAUCGUCGAUUUCCACGGCUCGGCGUCGCCAGAGUUUUACAAAGAGGUGGUCGAUUAUAUUGGGUCCGAAGAGUGUUCCGAGCGAAAAGAGGACGGGACGAUUCUCUACAACAACGACUGGGAUGCCGUCGUAGCACAAAAACCGAUCUCUAAAUAACCAGGUUUAAAUCCAGUACCAGAGAAGCAACGAGAGGGAGAGGAGAUAGGGGAGGGAGUGAGAAAGGGGGGAGAGAGAGA